CAUUUGUAAGAAGAGGUUUCAUCCAAUCGCAUCAUUGGCAAGCCAAAGAAAUACCGCAAAAUGGAUAUUGUACGUCGUUCUAUGGAUUUAUCGCAGCAUGUCUUUAAUGUAACCUAUUCGAAGAAGUUCAUAGAAGCUGAACACACCAUCAGCAUAAUACGGCUGGAUCAUUGUAAAACCUUUAUAACGGUAUUCACUAAGGACAUCAUACAGCGGUUGACGAAACAUCGCGUGCUGUCGGUGACACGGAUCAAAGAUAAUCAGGGUCACAAGAAUUUACUUCAAUUAGCUGGUGAUUUGUAUAUAUCCUGCAAGACCUAUAUCAGUGAUGAGGUCUUCAACAAAAUUAAUCGUCAGCAGAAUUUUUGGUUUGGCCGCAAUGCUUCCAAUCGUUUAAUGCUGUUUGAAGAGUCCUCGCCAACGCAGAAUAGUCUGGAAUGUAUUGGGCAUCUGAAAAUGCCCAUAUGUCGCAGUGUCCUGGAGGGUGAUGAUGUGAUACCCUUGGAAGGAGCCUUGAAUUCUUUGAAACUUAACGGAAGAAACACAAAAAAGGAGCUCAGAUUGGAUGAUAAUGGCGAUUGCUUAGAAACGCCAAGUAUAUAGUUAAUGUUUUUUUCUUUGUCAAAAAAUUAUUUUUAU